CGCACACACAAACACACACACACACACACACACACACACACCGCAUUCAGGCUGACAUUGAAGUGGGAAGCCAGUGAAAUGCAUCAUGGCCACUGCAUCAUGUCUGGAUCCAGACUUGGUGCGGGAGGUGCUGGAGUGCCCCAUCUGCUUGGAGACGUACAAUCAGGACCAGCUCCGGCCCAAGCUGCUCCAGUGCGGGCACUCAGUAUGCCGGCAGUGCCUUGAUAAGCUCCUAGCCAGCACCAUCAAUGGGGUGCGCUGCCCCUUCUGCAGCAAGGUGUCCCGCAUGAGCAGCAUUUCCCAGCUGGCCGACAACCUCACCGUGCUGAAGAUCAUCGACUGCGCAAGCUCGUGCAGCUCCGCGGCCGGCCUCAUGUGCAAGUCCUGCAAGAAUCGUCUGCCGCGGCAGUACUGCUGCGACUGUGGUGUGGUGCUGUGCGAUGCUUGCAAGGGCGAAGGGCACCAGCAUCAAGGCCACACUGUGCAGACCAUCCGCACGGCUGCUGAGCAGCGCAGGAAGGACCUGGGCGCGAAGCUGGCUAACCUCCGAGAGGCCAUGACCAAUAUUCAGAAGAAGAAAGCAGCCAUAGACAGCGUGUCGAAAUCCUUCCGCCUCAAGUACAAGGCCGUGCAGCAGGAGUACGCCAGGGCGGAGCUCCGGCUUCAAGAAGAGCUAGGCCGCUCGCGCCGUGCCUUUGCUGCCUCCAUGGCGGAGGUGGAGAAGCUCAAUGCUCAGAUUUUGGAAGAGCAGACAUACCUCCUGAACAUUGCAGAGGUGCAAGUGGUGUCUCGUUGCGACUACCUCACCAUGAGGAUCAAGCAGACCGACACUGCUUUGCUGGAAGAGGGCGGUGGCAAUGACGAGGAGGAGCUUGACUUAAAAAGCAGUCUGCCCGUGCUCUUGAAGCUGCAGGAUCCUGAGCUGGUCAAGACAGAGCACCCACAGUCUUUAGACGUUGGUCAGCUGACGAUUAAGCCAUGUACAGUUAACACAGAUGAGGAGGAUGGCCUGGAGAUAGCUGCCGCUGCAGCCCCUUUGGAACUGUAUCGAGAUGUAGACAUGAUAACUGCUGUAGAGGAAGCCGUGUGUGCCUCACCUGGAAGCUUCAAAUCCAAGUCUGUGGAUGGAGGAGGACCAUCUCCAGCGGCAACAGGAGGUGCAUCUGGGGGCCAGCUUUGCCAGUUUGUAAAGAAGAUGGGCUGCAAGGGAAACCUCCCUGGCAUGUUCAACUUGCCAGUGAGCAUCUGCGUAACUCCACAAGGAGAUGUGCUGGUAGCAGACCGAGGCAACUACCGCAUCCAGAUAUUCAACCGCAAGGGCUUCCAGCGGGAGAUCCGCCGCAACCCUAGCAGCAUCGACAACUUUGUCCUGAGCUUCCUGGGUGCUGACUUGCCCAAUCUCAUCCCUCUGUCCAUUGCCAUUACCCCUCAGGGUCUCAUCGGGGUCACGGACAACUACGACAACUCUGUCAAGGUUUACACCACGGAUGGCCACUGCAUCGCCUGCCAUAAGAACCAGCUCAUCAAGCCUUGGGGCAUAGCCGCCAUGCCUUCGGGUCAGUUUGUGGUGUCGGACGUAGAGGGAGGGAAGCUGUGGUGCCUGGCCGUGGAUCGUAACGUUGGGGUGGUGAACUACAACAGGUUGUGCUCAGCUGUCAGGCCCAAAUUUGUGACUUGUGACUCCUCGGGUACAGUGUACUUUACCCAGGGCUUGGGCCUUAACAUUGAGAACAGACAUAAUGAACACCACCUGGAGGGUGGGUUCUCCAUCGGGUCGGUGGGCACAGAUGGACAGCUGGGGAAACAGCUUAGCCACUUCUUCUCCGAGACUGAGGACUUCCGUUGCAUCACCGGCAUGUGUGUGGACGCCAACGGAGACUUGCUAGUUACGGACAGUGGCCGGAAGGAAAUCCUGCAGUUCCCCAAGGAAGGUGGCUAUAACAUUCUGAUUCAGGAGGGCCUCACGUGCCCCGUGGGUGUUGCUGUUACCCAUAAAGGACAGCUCCUGGUUUUAGAUUGCUGGGACCAUUGCGUCAAGGUCUACACAUACUUGCAGAGGCGGCGUUCCUCAACUUGUUAAGCCUGCCAUUGUCCAAAAAUACAAGACACAUGGAUGCUUUGUUUCACUGCUGUGAUUCACGGCUUUUCAGUGAUCCCUGAACAGUGACUUGACCGCAUUGAAGUGACAUAAGUCGGGCAGUUGAUACACUCUUUCACCACUGCCAACGAGAGAUUGGUAUGUGGGCUGUGUUUACCAAUGUGGAUGCUUUGGAAUACGGCACAACAGAUGGCAAUUAUUGACGAGUGUUGUCUUUGAGUGGGAGUGUUUGUCAAUCAAUAACGUCUACAUCAGUGAUUAUUUUGACUGCUGUGCUGUGUUUGCAUUAAGAUGAAGGACUGUGAAGUUACGAGAAACUAAACAACACCCUGUAAGCUGCGAAAAUGAUACAAAGAAGGUUAAAGAGCUAAACGGACUGAAAUAUUUAAUCUGGAUACAAAAACUCUACAUGCUUAUCCACCUAUUAAUGAUGUGAGUUUCUUGCUCAUAUCCUUUCCAUAUAUCCCAUAAUUCAAGGUGCCCUCUUAUACCUCUCAUAUCAAGAAACAAGUAGGCUAUGUUUUCAUUGUGCAACAUAUCAAAUCCAGUGUAACGAUGUCAAUAAAUCUUGGUAUAAAACCGUUAACAUGAUGCAUUACAGUGCUAAAUAGGUAAUUAAUGUCUUGAUUCAGUCGUCCGUUAUCGUCAAUCAUUUAGUGGUUGUUUUGUACCGUACGCAGGUUUGUGCAACCAUGUAUGUGUUGUAGUUACCAAAGGAUUUCAAAUUCAGGAUAUAUAUGAUCAGUACCACUGCAAUACUUCCUUAAUCAAAGGCAAGGAGGCAAUUCAGUCAAAAGAGAAUUGUGAGAAAUAAAGCAGAACACUAGGCUAUAUUAAAAUAUUAGAGCAUACAAGUGUCCUUUUUUCUACAUGAAGCACAAGACUGUUGCUGUGUUCUUAAAAAUUGGUGGCUUGUUUUUGAAAAGGAAAUACUAGGGCUUCUGGAAAUGAAAAUAUAUUUAACUACAUUUGCCAGUUUAUUUUGUACUGUGAGGGAUUUGAGACAAUAACACACUCUUGUUGUCUGGAACUGUCAAAAGACAUAUCAUUUUAUUAUGAUUGAUUGCCCCGAACUUGAAACUGCUGUUUGGUUCUGCUUAAGAUAUCGAAGCAUAAUCUUUUUUUAAUAAUUUAACAUGAAACGCUAGAUCCUAAACCAUAAAACAGUGAGGAGGGCAUCCUCAGAUGAUGUGGCGUUUUUUCCCUUAUCACCAUCAGCGUGAUACCAUCUGGAGUGAGUUUUUAUUUUCUUUUUCUGAUCGUGAGAGUGUGCAGUGUGACUCAUCAAAAUUUGGUUGUGGUCAAGAUCAAAUCGGGUAGUUGAGCAAAUUUAGGGAGUUGAAUUCUGCACUGAAAACACAGUGACAGUUGAAUUUACUUGAAUCAAAUCCGUACAUCAUUUUCACAUGAAUAAUUGUUAUUGUGAAACAUAAAGACAAAACUGACUUGAUGUGCACUCCUAAAAAUAAAGGUACCAAAAAGGGUUCUUAAAGCUGUCUGUCACACUUUAUUUCCCUUAUAGAUGAUCUACGGCAGGGGUGCCCAAUCCUGGUCCUGGAAAUCUACCACCUCGUAGAGUUCAGCUCCUACCCUAAUCUAGCACACCUGAUCCAGGUAAUUAACGCCUUCAGAGGCACCUAAAUAUUAGAGCCAGGUGUGUUGGACCUGAACUCUCCAGGGUGGUAGAUCUCCAGGACCAGGAUUGAGCACUUCUGAUCUACGGAUACCUUAAUUAUUAUCAAAUCUUCUGGUGAUUGUAGCUAAGGUCAGGAUUAGGGUUGAUAGUUGAUUUCAUUAAUAUUUAAUUGAAUAUUAGUUAUAGACAGACUGCCUAUCCACAAAGCAUCUACAGUGGACUAUCAAAAUAAAGUGUUACCAAGCUAUAAAAUAAAAUAAAUAUAUUUAGUUCCCUAAGGAACCUUUUAAUUGAGGUUUCCUUGGAGAACCAUUUUUGUGACUGGGAUGUGAGUUUUAUGCCACAAACGGUUCUUUGAGCGAUGCCACAGAAGAACCACUUUUAGAUUCCUAAAGAACCUUUUAAUUAAUGGUUCCUAAUCAUUUUUUGUGAAUGAGAUGUGAGUGAAUAACCUCUAAGUUUAAAUAACUUCCACAUACUUGUAAAGGAAUUGUAACAGAACCCCUAAACUGCUAUAGAACCUCACCAACCCCUUUAAAAAGAGCAGCAAUAUUCUUUGAGCAAGACCCACUUUUGGUUCCCUGAAUAACCAUGUUUGAAACAGAAAUUUGUGAGUGUGAAGAAACUUUUUGAAGCCUAAAAGAAGAUAUUUUUACCAAUUCUUCCUAGAACCUUUUUAUCAUGAGAACUUUAAAAAGGUUCUUCACACUCAUAUAUCUCAUGUACAAAAAUGGUUCUCCAAGGAACCAUGCAUUGAAGGGCUCUUUAGGGAAAGAAGAUGCCUUUUAUGGCAGUUUUUACAUAAUGUGACGUUUAUUUGAACCUCUAAAAGGUUCUUCAUACUCAGAUAUCUCGUUUUUAAACGGAACCAAAAGUGGUUCUGCAACAGCUUUGUGUAAAGAACCUUUUCUGGCACCUUGUACAUUAUGUGACGUUUCUUUGAACCUCUAAAAGGUUCUUCACACUCACAUAUCUCGUUUUUAAACAGGCAACCAGAAGUGGUUGUGGCACCUUUAUUAUUAAGGAUACUUUGUUCAUGUGGUAAUAAUGGACGAAUAGAAUCAAGUACAUUCAGUGCAAGGUUUGUUUGUGGUAAACAGUCCUGACCCUGUUAAAAACAAGCAUGCAAAUAAAUAAUAAAGGAAAACCUGGACUAAGUCCCAAGUGUCAGACAAUGUCAUGUAAACAUGACCCAAGUUUACCCUUUGGUGGCUUGUGAACAUGUUAUCACGUCAUGGCUCAAGAUAAACUCCGACACCGCGCUGCCAGGUCCGAGUUCGGAGGAAUUUUCUUGCUCUUCCAUGUUUAUGACAGGGUUUCUCUGGCGAGGUGCUGUGAACACAUCUUACAUCCUCCCCAUUCUUAACUACACGACUGCGAGUCCUUGCUUUGACGUUGAUGUAUGUGAAAUAAGUCUCUGAUUCUUGUUUGUAUUGUUCAUGAUCAACUGUGUGCAAUAAAUCCAGCGUAAGUGGGA